UUUAGCCUCUGCUGCAAGGGCUGACUCGCAGUCUUGCUAUGUGAGCCCUGACGUGCGUGCAGAUCUCCGUGCUUCUGUAGCCAAACAGCCAUUUCACUGCGCAGGGCUCUCAGAGCAGCACGAACUUCACAGGCAACUAAAUAAAGCAUGAAAUCAGUGAGGAGAGGGGAAGGGUGAAGGAAGCCUCAGUAACAAUGCCUGCUGGGAAGUGCAAUGAUUUUAGCUAACCUAAGUGCUGCUGCGAGCUCCUCGCGUGAGGCCGGCUGCAUCCUGGACCCCUCAGCACCGUGCCCUCGCUCCUACUCUGAACUAGCUGAUGGGGAAAGAAUUCCAUUACUGGCUCCAGUCAUUAGGCCCAUGCAUGGAUGCUCCUGCACGCACGCACACAUUUCAGGGGAACUAGGGUCAUUUAAAAACAACUGAAUGCAACCGAUCAAAGCUUUCAUUCCUAAGGCUCUAAUGCAAAAUGUCAGCUCGACAGCAACUUGGUGGUGUCCCUUUAUAUUUUUGGCAUAGGCAGACACUGCAGGGGGGUGGAUCAUGACUAUUUAGUGCACUGCCCUAGAUGGAGCUGCGAAGCAGCUGGGGAAGGGCUGGAUAGAGGUAGAGUCUCAGUGCCACAUUCCAGAGAUAAGAUAGGAGCUCAGCCCUGAACUCUGCAGAGGGGCCAGGCCAGUGAAAGCUAAGGCUGCAGGAAAGAUGGGACCUUAACAGUCAAGAUCCAAAAAUAAAAAAGAAAAGUGGGUCAGAGUGAAGAAGGGUGCUUUUUUAACAUAUAGGGGGAAGACAGAGACAAGCUGUCACUCAGUAAGAGAGGAUCCCCAUCCCCAAAAACACUGCCCAAAAUGUCAAAGGUGAGAGUAACUGGACAGGGGAGUUGGAAUUUGAGCAUAGUUACAAGGCAAGAGGAAAAACACUACACCUGCUCUCCAGGAAAGUAUUUUCAGCUUAAAAAUAAAUAAAAUUUUGCACCAGGAAAAUAUAAGAUAUAUGUUCCAGGGAUAGGAUGUCUUGGAACUUCUCAAAUCCUUUGCUGCACUGUUGUCACAAUACUCUCCAUGCCAGCUAUGCCAGUCAUCACAUAAACAACUUCCUCAUCACCAGCAAACAGAGAAGGAGUGAAAGGUUGGGUGGUGUGCCCUGUCCCCAGAAUACAUUUCUGUGAUGUGAUUAAUGAAGAGCUACAAAAGGUAUUGUGAUUCUCACAGAAGUGCAGAAAGCCAAGCUAGCAAGGGGCUUGAAAAAGCAGCCAGAAGACAAAUUAUCUGCCUAACAGCAUAAGUUUAUUUCACUUUGUGAUAGUGCAGAACCCUCUAAAGCUGUAGGAGAGCUGGCUACAGGGGUACCAUGAGUUUGGCCUGAAAGCAGGUACUGACACAUCUCUGAUUUCUACAAAGAACAGCCCAUCCUCCUCAAACUAACAGCAGGUUUCCCACUAAGUACAGACUGAAUGCUCAAUCAAAUACAGCAUAACAUUUCAUAUUUAUCUAAAUCUUGACAGUGGGGUCUGAACUAGGCACAGAACCCAGGAGGUUUGAUUUCCAAUAUGCUUUGGCUUAAACUUGAGUUCUGUACCACUACACACUUUCUGUUCACUUUCACCCUCAUGUCACAGCAAGGUUAGUCCCUGCAGAAAGUCAUGCUCAGGUUUUCAUCAGGCUUGGCUCACACAGGAUUUAUACAAACUUUAAGUGAUUAAACCGUGAGAAGAAUUUCACAUCAUUCUGCAUUUUUGAAGAGACAGUGCUCCCUAACCGAACAUACAAACCCCUUUUUAGAGCUUGUGUGAAGCCCAGAAUAACCCUGAGUAUCCUUCCAGGCUAACGCAGCCUCUUCAAGAGAUCUGGUUGAUAUACUGCUGAGCAAAGCAAACAUCCCAAGCCUGUGUCAAUAAAAUCGUUAUAGUCCUUCUCAUCUCUUUGUAUGAAGGACAGAUUCCACACCCACGAUAAUACAGUGCUAUCACAAUAAGUACUUUACCAGAAUGCCUCCAAGUACUCUGUCCUUGGCACACAGUUCACACCAACCCCAGUAAGUACUGCCUCACCUCCAGGUCUACAAACACACACUCUUUCUCAUCACAACUCCCCAGACACUCGUCUGUCUGAUUCUUUGGCUCCUGUGCAAUCACUCAUCCAACAUCUGCAUCCCCUGCAGAAGCAAAGGGGAAAGAAACAAAGGAACGCUGCAAGAAUCUCUAAGCCAAUGUAUUUUCAAAAUCCUUACUCUUACCUAGCAAUGUUAUCACUCCUGGAGUACUAAGCAUUUUCAAAAUAUUCAGUCAAAGAAGAGAAAAAAUAGAGAACAAGGUGCUCAGCACAUGCAAUUGGAAUUGUUCUGCACCUGAAAUACUGUCCCACUGUGAAUUAUCAGCCUGACUUCAAAACAUUUGGGAUAAAGUUCUGGCUUGAAUUUCCACCGAUGCCAUCUGUAACACUAACUUCUACAAGCUCGAACUCAGGAUUUCAUCCUGUUCAGCUGGUUUUCCAUGUCCCCCGCCCCUGGAAGAGCAGGGGGGAAGGAAAGACAAUCUCCAGCUCUGGGCACUGCAGCUGGGACACUCCAGGUGGCCCACAAGGCCAAAUUCACAGCAAUGGGGAUUUUCCAGCAAACCAAAUGGGGACUGCCCCUUUCCCCUCUGGACUGAGCCAAAACAGUGGUCCUUCAAGGUCAGCAAAAUAAUAAACUGGCAAAUGGAAGGUAAAUGGAGAACCUGCCAGCUCUGCAUCUUGCCAGCUAUCUGUCAUAGUCAUGGAUAAGUAGAUACUUAUGCUUCCAGGAUUUUCCAUCCAUUGCUUAACCCGCCCACCACGAAGUCGUCACUUAAUUUUAAAUUAAAAAGGGAGCGCGGGGGAUUGUUAAAAAGACGAAGCGAAAGCUGGGGAAGGAGGCGACAUCUGAGAGCCUGGGACACCCUACCCCAUCCAGCCUCUAUCACUGCUUUGUUCCAUAUUUAGCCCCCGACAACUGUCUCUAGUGCAGGAACUCCCAGCUCUGUUUUUUUCCCUCCCUCCUCCGCUGCCUGCACUCCCCGAGAGCUUUUCGAAAUUGCUCUUUUUCCCAGUGGCUCUAACUGACUGCCCCUAUACCCAAGAAGAUGGCAGAAAAGCAGGAGGAGCCCAGCAACACCCAGAACGGCGAACCCGACAACGCAGAGGAGGGAGAGGGAAAAAAGAAGAAGAAGGUGAAGCGGGAAGACCUGCCACCCUUCGAAAUCGUGACAGGGGAACGCCUUCCAGCCAUAUUUUUCAAGUUCCAGUUCAGGAACGUGGAAUACAGCUCAGGCAGGAACAAAACCUUCCUGUGUUACGUUGUAGAGACCCAAGGCAAAGAGUCGACAACUUCCCGGGGUUACCUGGAAGAUGAGCACGCAGCCUCCCAUGCAGAAAUUGGUUUCUUUAACACAAUUUUGCCAAAGUGUGAAUCAAGCCUCCGCUACAACAUCACCUGGUACGUUUCCUCCAGUCCCUGUGUGACCUGCGCCGAUCGGAUAAGCGAGACCCUAAGGAAGAACAAGAACCUGCGCCUGACAAUCAUGGUAGGACGCCUCUUCAUGUGGGAAGAGCCAGAAAUGCAGGCUGCCCUGAAAAAAAUGAAGUCUGCUGGCUGCAAGCUGAGGAUUAUGAAGCCUCAAGACUUUGAGUACGUCUGGCAGAACUUUGUGGAACAGGAAGAAGGAGAGGAAGCAAAGGCUUUCGUGCCAUGGGAGGACAUUCAAGAGAACUUCCGGUACUACGAGGAAAAGUUGGCUGAGAUUCUGCAGUGAAGCUCACGUGAGUGAGGACUUCUAUUUUGCUCACCUGGCUCCCUGCAUUAGUAUUAGACUUCUCUUUUUCUUCAGGUUGUUAAAGGCAUUACAUGCAAUCAUUUUCAUUUACUGCUACUCCCUACGUACCCAGCUGCACCUGCCAGUACCUGAAUAUUAUCCUAGACAGUAACUUCCCCCUUCAAAGGUAGUAAUGAUACAGUUGGCUCCUUCACAGCAGAUCCUGAAGGGAUUUAGAGAUAUUUCUUUCCUCACAGUGAACACCUCCCAGGAAAAAAAAAGAAUUAAAAGGUAGGGUCACAAGAUGCAACAAGAAUACCUCAUUGUUCCCUGCAUGUAUGAUACAACACAUGUGAAGGAACCAAAGAACAUACUGAAAAUGGGAUUUCCCUACCACUCCCAAAACAAAAAACAAAACACCACCACACUGAUUUCUAAGAGAACUCAGUUAUGUCUGCAUGACUCCACUUUAAGGGGUACUGAAGAGUCACCCACUUAAGCAGCAAAACACAAAAGCAUUUCAAGCUUCUAACACAUUCCUCUCCCUUCCCUCCAGGCCCAUCUCAGGAAAGAUCUGUGAAGAGACCCGACAGACUUGGACAUGUGGGACACGCCUGCUUUCCAAAGCUUUGAAUCCAGCAGAUGCUGUGCCAGCUCCCGGAAGAUUAGGCCCUGACAGACUACAAAUAUGUGUACAACAGAUCUUUAGUGUUUGGGAUUUUAUGGUAUAUUUUUUUUGUUGUUCUUCUCCACUCACCCCACUCCCCCUGAAACAAACC